UGCUUCAAUGAUGAAGAUGAUGUUGAUGAUGAUGAAGAUGGAGAUGAUGAAGAUGGAGAAGAUGAUGACGAUGAUGAUGAUGAUGAUGGUAAUGGUUAUGGUGAUAAUGAUGUUGGCUGGGUUCAUGCUAAUUAACACUAUCAAAAAAAUUGAACUCUUCUGCUCAAUUUGCUAAAG